AUGGAGGAUUGGCGCGUCGUGGUGAGGCAGGACCACGGCCAGAGGCCGGCGAGCGAUGGAGGCCAAGGUGCGACAAUACAGACCAUCACGAACCCAACAAGCACGGCUGGGGGGCAGGGAGGGCAACUUCCACCCUCGACCACGAGCAGCCAGGCAGCGUCCGUACCGACAAUUUCGACCAACUACGUCAAGUUCAAGGAAGACAGCAUAUUUGUACCCGGCACCAACACGUUUGGCGGUGGCACUUCCGACCGCAUUUUCGUCGCAGAACAGUUGAAACUCAAUGCUGUAGACUUCGCCUAUUCUUGGGAGGAUAGCAGCUUCGAGCCCCUCAACGUAUCAUUGAUAGUGGUGCAAAACAACAAUAAUGUCGACCGCACAAACGCCAGCAGCUCAAGCAGCUCAAGCAGCUCAUCCCUAUCUUUAACAAGCGGGUCUAUAAAGUUCAAUUACACCAAGUUGACUAUGGGCGCCGAGGAGGGCCAAAGCAGCGCACAAUCCAGCGUGGACGGCGUCGUCCUCGCCCUGGACAUGUAUUGGCAGUCCAAAGGCAAAUCUCUCAUUGGACACUCCUACUCCCCAUACUUUGGUAUCCUUGCAAAUGCACAGAGCUCCAGAGCCAGUGCCCUCCAGGAUCAGAUUACCAACACUUACGGGACUAAUGGGGACGGUCGAGAUGCCGACGUUACUACGCUUGCCAGCCCAUCGAGUAGCAGCACCAACACGGCCAGCGAAGGCCAAAGCAACCCCUCGAGCGGCGGCGGUGGUGGCGGUCUGAGCACAGGAGCCAUCGUGGGCAUCGCCAUCGGCGGCGCGGCCGGCCUGGCCAUCAUCGCCCUCGUCGCAUGGUUCCUGCUGCGACGCCGCAAGAGCAAGUCGCAGAUCGUGGACACGCACGGCGCCUCCAACGCCUACAUCGCCGACAAGGACUCGACCGCCCAGUCGCCGCAGUCCCCCUACGCCGACGACGUCAUCCACAACCCCCGCGCCGACAGCUCGUCCCUCCACAACGCCCACGCCGACAACGUCCCCGGCCCCCGCGACGGCAGCGGCACGGCGACGCCCUCGGGACUCUCGCGUAACGUCGCUCACUUGGUCGAGGAAGGUAUGACGGCGGACGACAUCGCGCGGCUGGAAGAGGAGGAGAGGCAACUCGAUGACGAAAUCGAACGUGCCGCCAGUCAAGCAGCGCGGCGGUAG